UUUGUUUGUUUGAUUUCGAUUAUAAAUUAUAUCACUCAGAUACAAUCAGUAUUAUAAUUGAUAGCAACAAAAACAGAAUGUUGUUAUUAAUCUCUACCUUAAUGUUUGUUGUAAUGAAUGUAGAGAUUAAUAGUGUAAAGUGUGAAGAAUAUGCCAAGAAGUCCAUCUUGAAUACGGACCCACCUGACUGUCAUUUUCUUUGUGAACUUUGUACUUCAACAGUAAAUGCUACUAAAUACAUAUUGGAUAAUGAACCAUUUAUACCGAAGAUACUUAAGAAUUUUAUGCCAAUUUGUUAUAUGUUACCAAAGUUACAAUAUCGAAAAAUUGUAUGUUUUAAUCAAAUCAAUUUAGUUUAAUCGAUUUUUUUUCUUGCAUAUUGUUAAGGUAUAUAAACAAGUGGCCUUUAAGUUUUCGAUGGAGUUUCGUUGUGUGAAAUGGAUGGUUUGGUCGUGGAGCAUUCAUCGUUCUUUUGAACGACAUCAUCAGCAAACUUCUAGCUGAAGUAUGUGAUGAUGAUGUCGUUCAGAAGAACGAUGAAAGCUUCAUGACCAAACCAUCCAGCUCAAAGAACGAAACUCCAUCAAAAUCAUCCACCUGAGCUACAAAUGUUCGCCACCAUCUUUAAGUUUACUUCACUUCAUAAUGUAACACUGAAUUGUUGUUUUGUUCUAGUAUGAGAUUCCUUAAUAGUGAACACCCACGACCCAAUCAUAGUGUGUCGAACUCGAAAUCCUAAAAUCUGACUUCAGGUACUUCACCUUUAAAUCACUGAGUUAAUAUACAAUGGUUUAAAAUUCUAACUACAAAGGUUAAACACUUAUUGUAAGACCUGAAGAUCCUUCGGCUAAACACUUUGCCAGGUAGUGGAUAUGCACUAAUGGAGAGCCCCAUACUGGAGCGAAACGGCCAUCAUUUUUCGACUUAAUUAGGUUAGUCUGUGAUGUGAAAUAUACUCCUUUUUGGAGUGGCUCUACUAGGAUGCAUAAACGUUGGCUACUAAUUUAGUCGUUAAAGAACACUAAUCGAAAUAUAUAGGACCUGAAAACAUUGAAGCUUAUUAUGAAGAAGAAUAACAACAACGAACAGUCAGUCAGACUACAAAUCUUAACCUGGAAUUCAUGAAUAAAUUAUUCUACCGUACAAAACUAUUCUUUUCCUCAUAAAUUGUGGUUGAUGUUUGAGUCGCACUGUGGUGUGUGCUACUGAUGUCGACAGAUAUAAGUAGAAUGCAUCACCAAUAAAAAAUGUCUGGCGGCAUAAGGUUAAGAAAAGAAAAGAAAGGAGAACAAGAACAAAGAAUGAUUGAUGUGGAAACGAAAGAACAAUAAAAAAUGAUUGACAUUUUCCAAAUGAAUUAUUUACUGUAUGAUUCUCAGAUUUUACUAAGGGAUUCUGUAACUUAUAGUUCAAAUACAUUUGAUUAUUCCCACUUAUGUUCACGUUCACUACACCAUAUGCAAUACUACUUCCCUUUAGAUUGUAGAUAAAGCUUUUAACUAAACGACAACCUGACACAAAAAUCAAAUCAAACAAGGGUUUGUUGCUCAACUGAUGCUUAAACUUAAGCCUGUCUCCAUAUUACAAUUUUUUAAUGGAUAGCAUUCAGUCAAUGCCCUAGACAAGGUAAACAUGAAAUUGAUUAUGACUUAAUAGUGAUUAUUCAAUGUAACUACUAUUCUUUAUUAUUAAAACUUAUUCUUUUGUGUGUGUGUGUGUCUCAUUAUCUACGUUAAUUCCAUUCGGUGUAGUGUUAUCAUCUUGUAGACGGUGGUGCAGUUGAUAUAAUUCAUGAAUUGGUGAAUAAAAUUAAUGAAAAUAACUUUUGUUUUGUAAGUAAACACUCUUUUUUUUCUCUUUAUUGUUCAUAUCAAUGAAACCAACUUUCAAUGGUUUUAAUUAGACUAUUAUUGAAAAGGAACAAGACCUAGACAGUUGUUUCAUCCUAGUAUAGGCUACUUCAGUAAUGUACAUUUAAAACCUUAGCACAGAGGAUAUAACUCAAGAAUAUUUAAGUCUCGCGGGAACCACUAAGUUGGUAACCAGUGGUUUAUAUCUCUAGCUUGUUAUCAUUAUGAUGAAAAUAACAGAAUAUAUAAUCAUCAAAUGAUUAAUAAAGUUAUUAGAUGAAUGUAGUUAGGAUUAUACAGUAGAUGAAAAUGUUUCAGGGUCACUGUUUAUGGUAGGAAAAAGAAGAAUGUAUUACAAUUUUCUUCUCCUUAUAUGUUAGAUUAGAGAUGAUACAUAACUAUAGCCUGUGUAAAAUGAAGUGUAGGUAAUGUUCCGUAUUUGUUAAUUAUUUUAAGAAACGAUUUUAUUGAUUAGAAUAAUCAGUUUUAAUCCACUGAGUUGCAAGUUGGAAGAUUACUCCUGUUUAUGAAUCUGGGCACCAAACAUUUUACUAUGUUGUUGCUACUUUGACGUGGUGACCGUGCUUGCCUAUCGUGAUGAAGCAACUAAGCUACACUAGCUAGAACAUCUGUUCCUCAAGGUCCGACCAUAUCAGACAGGUCGGUUGAAGAGUGCUGAGACUAAAAGCAACAAACUGAGUUUGUUGGCGAAGUCAUACUGCUUAUUGUACAGAGGUGUGACAGCAGUAAGGUGUUUCCUUCAGACAACCAGCAUGACAGUGAUGCUGCCUUCUCACAAGGAGGGGUGGGUCAAGAAGAGGUCGACCCUGAAAAUGCACAUCUUGCUUUAUCUCACGCAUAUCCGUCUCCGUUGGUAAGGUCUCAAUAAGUAUGGAGCUAACACGAAAAUUAUUGACAAAAAGACCGUGUGUGACCGACCUUCAGCAGAUGUCCCUUGGUGACUGCAGUCACUCUCUCAGGUCACUAAGACCACCUUCAAUCCCAUUUCCUUUUCAGGUAUCUCGAGAAGAAUCUUUUCUUUGGGUGGACAACCAGGAAGUGAUAACUGUUCUCAUACCUCUAACAGCACUCAAGACCACUGAUUGACUGACUAUGUUGUCCCAUUAAAUUAUAUUAUUACAUAUGUUUAUAUUGUUGAACUUGGGACAAGCUUUAUUUCAGUAAUGUUUAUCAUAUUUUCAAUUAUUUUUUAAUCUCAACACAUGAUUACUGUUAUAACUUGUGGACUUGCUUCAAUCAAUAUAGGACGUGACAAUGCCGCCAAUUAGUGAAUAGUGAUUACUUUUACUGAUUAAGUAUCUUGUCUAAUUAUUGCACUUCAUUUUUACAAUCAUAUGAUGAACGUGUUAUAACUUGUGGUCUUGGUUUCUAGUAAUGUAUAACGUAGUGAUACCACCAAUUAGAGAACAGUGACUUAUCAACCAGACCAAUGACGCAUAAAACCUGUACGAGUAGUCUAGAAUCCUUAUCAGUCCUUCUUCUUACUUAGCCCUGACUGUUAAGUCCAGAACACCAAUAUCAGCCUCCGCGAUAUGAAUCAUGUAUUUCAAACAUACUGGGUUUAUAUACCAAACCAAACAGACCACAUCGUAUCAUAAAAUACAAAAUACACAUUUAUACAAGAUCUAGCCAAAAAAAGUGGCUGUGAAUGUGGGAGAUUUUAAUUAAUAAACUGGGUAUAAAUCAAGAAUGGUAAAUCGUAUAAUCAUAGUCCAUGGGUCAAAAUAAAUCGUUUAAUAAGAGAAACCUAAAUAUGCAUAGUUUAGCUACUUAACAAUUAUACUAUAAGAAUAUAUGUAUAGUAUUAGUUCAUCAAAGGAUCCCAACAGUUACCAUUCAUUAUUCUCUUUGGGAUAUAACAAUUACAUUUCGAAAUAAUAAAAUAUGUCAGUUCUAUUCAAUUGUAGCAUAUUGGAUUAUGUCAUAAUACAAUUCCAUGCCCAAACUUUCAAAAGACAUUGACCUGUAAGUAAUACAAAGAUUUGUUCAUUUAUCUGAUGAUUAAUGAUUGAUCCAUAUCCUUCCUGUCUUAAAUUGUAUACUUGCUCUUUAGCUUGAGUUUUACUUUCCAAUGCGCUUGUAAUACCAAACACACUUUCUCAUAGAACUAGGCAUUUAACUCCUGGUUUUACAUUGUCUAAUGAAAACCGAAUCUCCAGUGCUUAGAUUAUUAAGUAUUCUGAAGAUAUACCAAAAUUGUACCUUAAAAAGAGUUAAAUUCUCAAGAAGAAAUCUUUCAAGCCAAUAAGUUUCGAUAACAAGUAAACAUUAAUUUUGAGAUAAUAAUGAAAGCCACUUGGGUUUAUUCUGUGUUUUUUGAUAGUGACUGAUAGAUUUAUUCAAUAUAGUAAAGCUUAGAAGUAUGCGUUUGAAUGUAUAGUGUUGAGAUGUUUGAAUGUAAUUUUAAACGGCUGUACAAUAGUUUAUUAGCACUAUAAGUGGUUGUUAGCAAACAGCAAGAAAUGAUUUUUUUUGGUAUACAUUUCGUGACAGUUUUUUACUCAUCAACAAGACGUAUCUACAACAUUGAGGGAACUGACACCUUCCUAUGUAGUUUCAACCUGUAUCGUCCUGAGUUGUAUUGUUACUGAGUUUUAAAUUAAAUGUCAUGUUUGUCCAAUAGUUGGUGAUAAUUGAAUUUUGUAGAUCAAGUUGUAAUGUGUCUACUAUUCUAAAUGACUUUAUACCAUGUUUUGAUGUUAGAAUAACAGUUUCCUCAACUUUACUGGUAUAUCAUGUUGACAUGGAACCUAGAUCAAAUAAAGAUGUUCCAUCAGUGAUAUCUGGUCAAAUCUUCCAUGUCAUUUAUGAAAAUUGAUAAUAAAUAUUAAUUACUAUUGAUUACAACUUAUGUUUAAAGUUAUUGUAUUUUCAUUUCAGAUAAUGACUUAUCUACUUAGAUAAAUUUUAUACUGUUGAAUUCAUACAACAGAAUGAUAGAUCUUUUGAAAUGACGGAAAUACACUUCAUAAUAUUGACAAUUAUUUC